AUGGCUCCCAGCCAGCCUGCCGACCUGGGCAGUGAUGCCCCCCUCAAAGCUUUGAUUCGUCGCUGCCUUGAUGAUGAAAUUCAAGAAAGAAAAUGGAAGCCAGAUCCCUCUGUUUCACGGGACCUUCCCCUGCCCCACCAAGGAGGCACGGAGGAGCAGGCGGGCGGUGGAGACCCCCCAGAGACGGGGCACCCGCAGAUGGGGAAUGUCAUUUCUGAACAGAUGGACCAAGGCUCGCCACGGAGCAGCGUGUUUAUAACGGAGGAGCCGGGGCUGCCGCGGCAAACGGGGGCUCGUUCCCACGGGCUCUGCGUUGCUGGGCUUGCUAGAAACGGUCUGCAGGAGCGGGGCUGGCGUGAACGCCCCAUCUCUCAGUUCAGGCAGGGGAAGUGGCGUGCCUUGUGCCAUGUGGUGCACAGCAGCCUGGAGAGUGUGAAGCAGCGAGCGGAGGGUCACCUGGAGGUGCCCCACUUUGAUGGCCAAGGUGAGGUGGAGGAGUACUUCUGGGCCCCAGGUGUUCCCACCAUGACCAUCCAAAUGCUGUGCUACUUGGAGAAUUUCCUCUCUGUCUUCAGGCCUCAGAAGAGCCAGUGAGGAGAUGCCUCCAUCCUGGCGCUGCCCAUGGGGGACGCCCCCAUGGACGGGAUGGCAGCGGAGGACCCGGGACCUGUGCUUGGCCUGCUGAAGUCCCCAGAGGAGUACGUAGGCUGGGUGAUCGGGCUCAGCAUAGGCAAGCUCACCAUGGCGGAGUACGCUGCCGCCUUCUCCCAAUGCGCAGGCAGGACUGUGGAAGCCACCAAGAUCUCGGUGGAGGCAUACAAGAAACUUGGCUUCCCUAGAGCUAAGGAAUUGGCUAACAUGUUCUGCUUCUAUGCCCUGAAGCCAGACCACAGUGUGGAGCUGACCUGCAAACUCAACCCCAGGGCCAGCACCUUCCAUCAGUGGCUGGCAGACAACAAAGCUGCCCUCUGACUUGGCCUUCCUUCUUCCACUCAGGCUUAUGCAGCAGGUAUCAGGUGCUGGCUAAGCUCUGGACCACAAAAGGCCAGCACCUUCCCUGCAACCGCUCCAGGUAGCCACAGCAGGCCAGAAGGUGGCACUGGUGCAGGCUCC